AUGGAUUCAGUGCUUGCAAGUUUAUCAAAGUGGUUGAGUGAUAAAGACAACCGCGUGUUACUCUGGCAGGCGGCCGCUACAACCAGCGUCCUUUAUUUGGCACUUGUACACUAUCUACGCUAUCGUAACAUCAACAAGCUGCGACGCAAGUACCCAGACCCCACGAUUGCUUUGAAGGAUCCUGCUGUUGCCGAGGAAGUGUUCGAUACCACUGUACGCCGAGAAUUCCCCUUUUUGGCAAGACAGGCUUUGGAACUCGCGCUGUUCAAGACCUACUCUGUUCCAUCGAUUAGCAAAAUCUUGCAUGCUACUGGAGAAUUCUCAAAGGACGCUAGGAAACGAGUCGAGGAUACCGAGCUGCUACUGCUCGAGAUCAACGAUGUCUAUCCUCAUGUGCAAGACGAGUUACGUGCGAAUCCCAACGCGAGCCAAGAGACGAUUGCCAAGCAGCGAGAACGACGUGACAUUGCGCUCCAACGUAUGAACGAGCUUCAUAGCAAAUAUGCCAUCCGCAAUGGGGAUUAUCUCUACACCUUGUCGCUGUUCAUUGUUAUGCCGAUCAAAUGGAUAAACAAAUACGAGUGGCGUAAGCUUGAUCCUCUUGAGGAAUAUGCGAUUUUCCGGAUGUGGUGCGAUACUGGAUUGGGCAUGAAGAUCAAGGAUAUUCCAGAUACAUUGGAAAAGAUGAUUGCAUUCCAUGAGGAAUAUGGAAAGGAGCAUGUUCGAUAUGCUGAGAGUAAUUGGAAAGUGGCCCAUCCCACUGUGGAGCUGCUAUUGACAAGACUUCCAAAGUUCAUGGCACCUCUUAUGGCACCUAUCUUGUAUAAGGCCCUCCCAUCACUACUCGAUCCCUUGGAUGUUGUGGGCUUUGGUCUCCCAGAAGCUUCUCCAUGGAUGACAUCUUUUAUUGAUACCAGCUUAUACUUGCGUGCCCUCUUUGUUCGUCAUUGCAUGUUGCCGCGUUUUUCAUCCCAUACACGUACCGCCACCAAGGCUGAUAAGAAGACGAAUCUCUACAAGACCAAUUAUGAUAUCUAUGAGCCCGUCUAUCCCAAUGGUUAUUGCAUCCAUGAAUUAGGCCCUGAGAAAUCCAAACCCACAAAGUGCCCUAUUCCUCAUUAA